GCGGUUAGGAGGACGUCCAGUAGUGCUGGAACCACAAAGGACGCUUCUGAGCUGUGAAUGAAGCGCUCUACAGAGGGCGGGCGAACUUAAAGCGGAUUCCCUCGCUUCCGGUGGACUUCAAAGUUCACAGGACGGGUAGGUUUAAAGUGCCCAGACAAAGGCAAGGCUGUUGAUUGGUUACCAGUCAGUGCAUUCACAUGUAAAUCAGCCCUCAUAAAUGUCCCCCUUCAAUAGCCCACUUUGAACAGUAUAUGUAGUACAUGUUAGCACAGACUUUUGUCUUGAAUUGGACCCGCCGACCAUCUGCCCCCCAUUCAGAUCAGACGUCCUUUCAGCGGUCUCUAAUACUGCAGCAAUAUGGCCCCUGCGUCCCGCAGUAACAGAGAAGAGGAGGAUUUUUACGGAAUAAAAGACAGAAAGACGAGGAAGCCGCUGGUGGAGAAAAAGAGACGCGCCCGCAUCAAUGAAAGUUUACAUGAGCUGAGGCUACUGCUAGCCAACCCGGAUGCGCAGGGUAAAAUUGAGAAUGCAGAGGUGUUGGAAAUGACCGUGAAGCGCGUGGAAAGUAUCCUGCAGAACAAAGCGAAGGAAGUUGAAAGUGUGAACCGCGAAGCUAAAGAGCGGUUCGCCGCGGGCUACAUCCAGUGCAUGCACGAGGUGCACACCUUCGUGUCCAGCUGUCCGGGAAUCGACGCGACCAUCGCCGCCGACCUGCUCAACCACCUCCUGGAGUGCAUGCCUCUGAAAGACGAGGAUCGCUUUCAGCACACACUGUCAGAUCUCGUGUUGGACUCUAGUAAUUGUGGCACUUGGCCUGGCGAGGCGACUUACGCUGCGUUGUCGCCCGGUGACAGGAGCGAGGUCAGCAGCGGCUCCUCAGCCUUGUCCCCGGUCCCCUCCAGCACCUCCGGCGACGACCUUUGCUCGGACCUGGAUGACACGGACACGGAGCACAGCCGAGUCUGGGUGGAAACCGGGGAUCAAGCGCCAAGCGUGGCAACCGUGCAUCUCUCCAAGCCCAUGUGGAGACCGUGGUAGACAAAUCAAAGUCGAUUCAUGAACAGUGUAUUUUUAGUUAGAGCUUUUAUAACAUGCAGUAGUCCAGGAGUAACUUAACUUUAUGAUAAGACCACGGACAGUUCUACAUAGGAAUAGGGCAGCUGCAACAAUUUUUUGUUUGUUUGUCAUCGACCUGUGGUUAACUUACCCCUCAGAAGCUCUUCUUGGUGCAACAAUGUGCAUUUCAGUCCAGUCUUACGCAAAAAAAGUAUGUUUAUUUAAUUGUGUAUAACACUUUAAGGAUAGAUAAGGUCCAGGGAGUAUUUCCCCAUCUUUAAUUAUCGUAGACUAGGAUGUAAAUAUUUCAAUGUCGUGGAUAUAGAUUAAAAAAGAUGUAUGUUAUCAUUACGAUGAAGUAGACAAAUUUUGAAAAACAAAAUGGAAAUAUCAGAUGUUAUGACGUUUAAUGUGUUUUAUAUGUGAUUUGUGAUUUCAAUAAAACAUUUUGAUUUCCUUACUGUAAAAA